UCUCGCAUCACAGAACUCUAUUUCAGAAGUCAUGGAACUUGCUGAUAUAAAAUCUCAUGGAAAAGUUAUCGAAAUUUUUGAAGAUUUGUUUCACCGGUACAGCAAUUUGACAGACUUGCCAAAGUUCAAAAAGAGGAAGGUCCAGCGACAAGAGGGAAACUCAAAGAACAGUUCAGACUUGUCAAGUUCAUCAUUAUUUACUGGUACACAUCAGAGCAGGAAGGUGCCGUUCACAUUAAGAGAGGAUCAUGACGAACCAGCUGAUAGUUUAUCAUUCCACCCCCAUGCCAAAGAUCAGGGGAGUUUCUCAAGUGGUGUUUUCAGCAUUGAUUCAGACAUUGAUAACCUGGUUGAUGAUGAUGAGGUUGCUGAUGGGGAGGAUGAUGACAGAUGUCCAAUGGAGAGCAGCAUACUUCAUGAAGGUCAUGAACAGAAUGCCCUGUCAUUAUCUGAGGCACCAUCAGAAGCUAGAUCUGGUGUUGUAGAAAGCCCUCUGUGGGAGGACACUGAACAGGAAAGUAAGAGCUUGAAUCAAGGCAUUGUUCAAGGAGGCACUGGUAUACUUACAGAUGAGGACGUCCUCUUUAUGAUGCAUAAACCAAGAUUAAAGAAGAGAAGGAAAAAACCACCGUGGCAAAAACGCAAACUUGACAUAGAUGACCUGUGGGUCAAGGGUCAACAUCUCCAGUGUCACCAUGAUAGUUGUGAGGCAGAGGAGGUCACACAUAAACUUUAUUUAGAACGGAACCUGCGAUGGGGAAAGAUCAGCCUUCAAAACUACAUCUGUGCAGUAAGGAAAUCAAGGGAAGGCAAAAAGACACUGAACAGCACCAAACAGAGGAAGUCGGGAUCAAAGAAGAAAUCAUUCAAAGACUCAUCUCCUGGAGAUCAGUCCUUUGAAACUUUGGCAUCUCUCACUAGACUUGAAACAAAGAAUGGAACUCCUGCAAGUGCUCCCCAGACCUUUUGUAAGAGUUCAGGAAAGAAGGGGUUGGUGAAAAGUGGAAAGAAGACAUCAAAGAGAGCCAAGAAAUCUGGAAGAUGGUUUGAAGAUCCACCACUCAGCACUUCAGAAGCGUCAGAUCAAGAUGUGAAGCAGAGAUCAAAACCAAUUCGUGCUGUUUCAAAGAAACAAUGUAGUAGCGAUACUAGUGGUUGUUCUAAAAGGGGGACAGGAAAAAUAACCAGCAAGUCACAGAAAGUGGGUACAAAGGUCAAGGAGUCGAAGGCAGAUACUUCCAACUCCAGGGAGAAAGUUAGAUUGCAGAAGAACAAAGUUUCAAGGAAAAGCAACAUUGCAAGAGGUGAAAGAGACAGUUCAUCCAGCAAGAACAACAGUUUCUGGAAUGACCAUGACAGUUUCAGUGAUGCCGCUAUAACACAAAAUGACGAUAGAGUGCACCACUAUGGCCUAUCGCAGGAGACUAGUGGAAGCCAGGAGUCUGGCAUCAACUUUAUCAGUCUUACGCCUAGGAAGUCCCGGAAACUAUCCAGGAGAAAGCGCCGUGCUGAGGAGAAGAGGAAGAUCAAUCCUUCAUCCACCUCGGAUAGUUCAGACUUUGGAGGUCAUUUUGGUGGUGGAUCUCUGCACCCUAGAGGUUCUUUGAGAAUGUCAAACUUUCCAGGGUGGGAUGAUGAAGAAGAAGUUGGGUAUCAACCUUUGUUUGGUCAGGGAAGUCAUUGUGGUGGUGUUUGGAACACCAUUAUAGAGGAAUCAUCUUGAAGUAUUUUUUUUGAGCGAGUAAUGGACUAAAUGAGCUUUUUAAAAUUUAUUUUAUUUGACAGCUGUGGACACAUCUGUACUAUUUUCUUUUAUUAUUUCCUUUUGUCAGAAUCAAAUGAAAUAUCAGGAAAACAUUUGUCAGAUUUCAAAAGUAUUCAUAGAAUUUAUUGCAUAUUUUUUCAUUUUAUUAAGGUAUUUAUAAUCUCAGUGUACAUUUGACACUUGAAUUAUCAAAGUCAUUUCUUAUUUACAUGUAUAAGCUUAAGAUAUGGUGAAAAGAAACUGAUUCCAUUCAUAUAGAGGUUAAUUAUUUUAAGUUCAGGCAUUUCAAUUCAUUUUUUGAAAAUUCAAAUUGGAAGUUGAUCAGAAGCUCUGUACAAGAACAUCUGAUAUGGUUCCCUAUGGAUACACAUGUAUUCUUGAUCCAAGCCCUGUACAUUCUAGUUUUCCAAAACCAUUGAGAAAGUUGGCUACUCUUUCAUAAAAGCUGUCAGCAAAGUCAUGCAUGACUUUAAGAGCAAAUUGAACAUGGAGGUCCAACAUACAUACCCAACUUUCAAAUAUUUAUUCCACAUGUAGCUUUGAGCUUAAUUUGGAAUGUGCAGAUGGAGAUUUAAAUUUUCAGUGGGGGCAUUGUUUUCCCAAUCAUUUAUAAUGGUCAUUAAAAAUAUUUUUUGUUCAAAUAUUGUCAAUUUUGAGCACAAUAUUUUUGGGAUUCAUAAAUAUGUAAUGCUGUGCCUUACUUUAUCAACAUCUGAAAAUAUACACCCAACAUGACCAGGGCCCCGUCUUACAAAGAGUUACGAUUGAUCCGAUCAAUCGUAACUAUAUGGAAAUCCAUCAGUGCCAUAAUAUUUUUUACGAAAAAUUUGCACAAUGUCCUUUGAAUGCAAUGAGAAGUGCAGUGAAUUUUCAAGAAUACAAUGAAUGCAUGAAUAUACAUUACAGCUAGAAAAUAUUUUGAACAAAAACAUAAUAGAUGUUGACAUUGCUUGCCAUCCAUAGUUGUGAUUGAUAGGAUCAAUCGUAGCUCUUUGUAAGACGGGGCCCAGGUAUUACUAUUUGUUCUAAGGUCAUGUGUUGUACAGUUUUCAAAUUCAUUUGAGGUGAUGAAUUAACUAUGUCAUUAAAUAUGGAUUAUAUUUUAAAUAUUUUUCUGAAGGGAAAAAUAAUCAUGGAAAAUCAUGUUUAUCAUUAAAGGUGCACAAAAUAUGAAAAUGAAAAUUAAGCUGAGUUUUGUUUACCCAUAAGUUUACAUGUGCUAUUAAUAAGUACAAUUAAAGAUUAAAUGAUUUUUUUGUCAGCAAAAAAAGAAGAGAACUUUUUUUAAUGUGUAUUUUAAAAAAUUAAUAGUUCUUGUAAGAUAAGGCUAAGUUAGAAGUUCACCCUGACACACAGUUGGUUCAGAUGAGAGGCUAUUGUUAAAAGAGAAUGAAUAUCUUGGAACAAGUUAGCUUCAUACUAGUAUGUAAACUCAGAAAAUCAAAUUCUAAACAGAUCAAUGAAAAAUAGAGAAAAAUUGGGCAAACAAAUAGGAAGUUUUAAGCAUUUGAAUGUUGAGAAUGCAAUUGGCAAUAUGAUCAAAAUUUAUGUUGUCAUACAUACAUGUAGAUGCAUAUCCCCUUUAAUGGACAAAAAACAUUAAAUACCUUAAAAAUUUUUUUUGGCUCAUCUUAUGUUUAAGUAAAGUACUUGUAUCUAUCCAUGCUUUUUGUGAAAUUUGGAUUACAUAUUCCUAUAAGAAUACCUCAUCUAGCGAUAGACUUGACUAACGAAGCAAUUGAAGUAUUAGGGAAGUUGUUCAUGUGCAACAUCUACACCAUGUACAUUGGUUGCAUUGUCCUUAGGAGGUUCUUACGAUCCAUAGCAUUAGUGAUUUAAAAAUCUCAAGUGCUCAUAAUUUUCUUAUCAAUUAUUCAAAUUUUCUCAAACUUUCAUUGAUCUGUUUCUGUGACUCAUGUUUUAUACAAUUCAACUGGUUUGAAGGUUUUCACUCUCCUUUUAUGGACUUUUGACAAGUAAUCAUCAGAGUUAACAUUAUGAUUAUGUUUCUUCCUUUUGUCUAAUAAAUAUUGAAAUCAUUUUUAUGCCAGGGUGAACUUUCUUAUUUGAAUAAGCAGCAUACUCAAUGGUUGAUAUGCGACUCAUAUUUCAAAACACACAACAAAUGAAAUUUUAUUUGAAUGGACAGUAUUCUCAUUCCAUUGCCUGUCAUUAUUUUUGAGAAUGAAAGCUGUUUAGUGUAAGUAUAUUUAUUUUGCAGAGAUGUAUUUUUACAAGUUACUGAUAUUUUUUUUAUUUCAAUAAAUUAAUAAAUGAAAGUUCA